AUGAAGAGCUCAGCAACUGACGAACAACAGGUGAUCAAAUUGAAUGUUCUCGUCUAUCUGCCACAUGCCAUCGACGCGAAUGAAUCACUCGACACACGUGAAGGUGUUGAUUUGGUGUUGAAAUGCCGCUUCACCGAGCACUACGAUGCCAAGGAUUUCAGCUUUUACUGGGCGCGCUGGAAUUGCUGUCCGACGCAAUUUGAGAAUGUGGCCAUCGGCGAUGUGCAGCUGAACAUGAAUUACAGAGUGGAUUUUCGUCCAGGUCGUGGGAUUUAUGACUUGCAAAUAAAAAACACCUCAUACAAUCGCGAUAAUGGCCGCUUCGAGUGUCGGAUCAAGGCCAAAGGCACCGGUGCCGAUGUACAUCAGGAAUUUUACAAUUUGACAGUUUUGACACCGCCACAUCCGCCCAUGAUAACGCCGGGCAACAUAGCCAUUGCCACCGAGGAUAAACCGUUAGAAUUGACUUGCAGCAGUGUGGGUGGCUCACCGGAUCCGACGAUAACUUGGUUUCGCGAGGGCAGCAGCGUACCGUUACAAUCGUACAUACUAAAAGGCGGCUCCAAGAAUCAUUACACCAAUGCAACAUUACAAAUACUGCCAAGACGCGCUGACGAUGGCGCCAAAUAUAAAUGCGUCGUUUGGAAUCGUGCCAUCUCCGAGGGUCAUAAGCUGGAGACAACUGUCACGCUGAAUGUGAACUUUUAUCCACGCGUCGAAGUGGGACCACAAAAUCCGCUGCGCAUCGAACGUGAUCACAUCGCCAAAUUGGAAUGCAAUGUCGAUGCAAAGCCCAAAGUCUCCAACGUACGUUGGUCACGCAACGGGCAAUAUGUUAGUGCCACGCCUACGCACACUAUCUAUCGCGUAGGACGCCAUCAUGCGGGCAAAUAUACUUGCAACGCGGACAAUGGGCUGGGCAAAUCAGGCGAGAAAGACAUAAUACUUGAUGUGCUCUUCCCACCCAUUGUCGUUAUCGAAUCGAAGACACACGAGGCCGAAGAGGGCGAAACAGUUAUGGUGCGUUGUAAUGUCACCUCCAAUCCACCGCCCAUCACCAUCGAAUGGUUGAAGGAGGGAGCGCCGGAUUUUCGCUUCACUGGCGAACUGCUCACUUUGGUAACAGUCCGCGCCGAACACGCCGGCAACUACAUUUGUCGUGCUGUCAAUCUGAUGAACCCCUACAACUCGAAACGUAUAGAAGGUGUUGGCAACUCCACGGUGGCGCUGUUGGUGCGCCACCGACCCGGGCAGGCCUACAUAACACCGAAUAAACCGAUUGUGCAUGUGGGCAACGGUGUUACGCUCAGUUGCUCAGCUAAUCCGCCCGGUUGGCCAGUGCCGCAGUAUCGCUGGUUUCGUGAUGUGGACGGUGAGUUUAGCAAUACACAAAAGAUUUUGGCGCAAGGACCACAAUACUCCAUACCGAAGGCGCAUCUCGGUAGCGAAGGCAAGUAUCACUGUCAUGCCGUUAAUGAGUUGGGUAUUGGUAAGAUGGCUACGAUUAUACUCGAGGUACACCAGCCACCACAAUUUCUCGCCAAACUACAACAACACAUGACGCGACGUGUGGGCGAUGUCGAUUAUGCGGUCACUUGCAGCGCCAAAGGUAAACCCACGCCCAUUAUACGUUGGAUCAAGGAUGGCACGGAGGUACUGCCAGGUCGUAAGAUGUAUGAUAUACGCACAACGCCCACCGAGGGUCAAGGUGGCGUCGUCACCGUGCAAAGCAUACUGAAGUUCCGCGGCAAAGGGCGGCCAAAUGGCAAUCAGUUGGUGCCUGGUGAUCGUGGUCUCUACACUUGUCUCUAUGAGAAUGAGGUGAACUCGGCCAACUCGAGCAUGCAUUUACGCAUCGAACACGAGCCGAUUGUUUUGCAUCAGUAUAAUAAGGUGGCUUACGAUGUGCGCGAGUCGGCGGAGGUUAUGUGCAAGGUGCAAGCUUAUCCGAAGCCAGAAUUUCAAUGGCAAUUUGCAAAUAAUCCCUCGCCGCUUACAAUGUCUUCGGAUGGUCAUUAUGAAAUUGCAAUACGCACGGAUAAUAAUGAUGUCUAUACCUCGAUAUUGCGCAUAAACCAUAUCUCGCAUUCCGAUUAUGGCGACUACACUUGUCGUGCUGUCAAUCCACUCGACACAAUACGCACGCAGAUUAGACUGCAACCCAAGGGUGCACCGGAACGGCCCACCGCGCUCAAAGUAAUGGAAAUAUCGCACAAUUAUGCCAUACUCAGCUGGAUACCGGGCUUCAAUGGUGGCUUGUUGAGCACAAAAUUCCUUGUCACUUAUCGUCGGGUGGCAACUCCGCGCGAACAAACACUUUCCGACUGCGCCACACACACCUACACCACAUCCAUUGUGAGCAGUAGCAGCAGCAAUUGGCUAGAGUUCGAUUGCUAUCGUGAGAAUCCCUGUAAAGUGAUGCCGUUGGAUCAAUAUCAAAGCUAUAUGUUUCGUGUGUAUGCGUUGAAUUCGAAAGGUAGUUCGGGCUACUCCAACGAAGUGUUGGCCACCACAAAAGUCAGUAAAAUUCCGCCACCCUUGCAUGUCACCUAUGAUCCCAACUCGCACGUUCUGGGUAUCAAUGUGGCGGCGACAUGUCUGUCAUUAAUUGCAAUAGUCGAAUCAUUGGUGAAUCGCGAAACGCCAAUGGCCACAUGGGAGAUUGUGGAUACAGUGACAUUACUACCGUCCGGCAGUGAGGCCACAUUCAAAGAGGCAGUAAUUAAUCACAUUCCACAAACGACACAUUACAGCGCAUCUGGCCGUACACUGGGCCAUGCUGAGGACAUAACGUUGGCGCUGGCGGAGACGGCGCAGGGACCUACGGUGCGUGUGAAAUUGUGCCUACGCACCAAUCACGACCAUUGCGGACAGUAUGCGAAUGCGGAAAUUGGCAAAUCAUAUAUGCCUGAGACAUCAACGCUAACGACAUCCGCUGUAAUAGCCAUAAUCGUCUCGUCCAUUGCAUUCCUACUGCUCGUCGGACUCUUAUUGCUCUUUUGUCACUGUCGACGCGUGGCAUCCAAAAAGAAGAAGACCAACGCCAGCUCACCGGCCAAAGAAUACGAUCUCGACUCGGGUCGCCCAUCUAUAGUGGCGCAAACAAAUCAAGCGCCACCACCCUAUUAUCCCACCGGUAGUCUGGAUAGCAGCAAAUCACUAGAUUCGCAUGCGAUGGAGCUAACACUCACAGCCGUGCAGGAUAACGAGGAACAACUGCAUCAGCAGCAGCAACAGCAACACCAGAAAUCCGCCGCCACUGUAGCGGGCAUGACAGUCUAUGGCUCGCAGAAUGGUUAUGGCUAUCAUGUCACAUCGACGCUUGGCAGUGGUGGUGGCGGCGGCGGCGGCGGCAGCAGCAUUGGCAGUGAUGCGGAUAGCUACCAAGUGACGCCAUUAGCGCACUCGGCCAUCGCGGGGCGCAACGAGUCACCCAGCUCCCAUUGCAUCAUGAACAUCUCACCCUCAUUUGGCGUGCGUGUAAAGACAAAGCUCGCAAGGAUUAUGUUUGCAUUCAUAAUUGUGCUGAUGCGGCGUUCGCUCUUUCGUUGA